UUUCAAGACUGCAAGAGAAAUGGUCAUUUAGUCCAACGCCCGCUAGAUGCAUGAGGGCCCUCUUCAGCCUUUCUGAGAAGCAAGACCAAAAUGCUGGGUUGAAACAUCCUUGGUGACAGGAAACUCACUACCUCACUACUUCUGGUCUUUUCCAUUUCGCUCUUCUUUCCCACGCCUCCCAAUUAUAGCAAUCUUUAUUGUAGCAUUUUGCACACCCCUGAUGCAGCAGAGGCCUGGAGGUCUGGAAGCGGGAGGAACAGAGGGAAGCCCACCGCCCAGCCCGGAGCCUGGGACCCGCGGGCUCAGGAGGGGCGCGCGGGAGCCGGCUGCAGGUCUCCUUCCUACUUUGGAAACUGCACGAGCUGCGACAGAAACCAGUAAGCCCUGGGGCCGGAGGCCGGAUUUGUUGAUUUGGAUGACAAAAGAAAAAACUCGCGCUGUAGGGGGUGGUUUAGACCUCAGCUUCUGUUUUCCACUCUCUCCUGCUGGCCACGAGCAAGUUUAGAAAACGGAACAACAAACCGCAGUCUUAACCAGAGCACUCAUUUAAAGGGGUUUGUAGAGGCGAGAAAAAGAGACCCAACCGAGGAAUCCCUUUGGAAGCCCCAGGUAUACUUCUCUGAAGUAAGAUGACUUGUCAAAAACUCUGUCUGGCUUUGUUACACUGGGAAUUUGUUUAUGUGAUAACUGCCUUUAACUUGGCAUAUCCAAUGACUCCCUGGAGAUUUCAGUUGUCUUGCAUGCCACCAAAUGCAACCUAUGACUUCCUCUUGCCUGCUGGAAUCUCAAAGAACACUUCAAAUUCGAAUGGACAUUAUGAGGCAGUUGAAGCUAGAUUUAAUUCCAGUGGUACCUACUUUUCUAACUUAUCAUCCAAAACAACUUUCCACUGUUGCUUUUGGAGUGAGGAAGAUAAAAACUGCUCUGUACCUGCACACAACGUUGAAGGGAAGGCAUUUGUUUCAACAGUAAAUUCUUUAGUUUUUCAACAAAUAGGUGCAAACUGGAACAUACAGUGCUGGAUGAAAGGGGACUUGAAAUUAUUCAUCUGUUAUGUGGAGUCAUUAUUUAAGAAUCCAUUCAAGACUUAUGACCUUAAGGUCCAUCUUUUAUAUGUUCUGCCUGAAGCAUCGGAAGAGUGGCCUCUGGUUCCCCAGAAAGGCAGUUUUCAGGUUGUUCAGUGUAACUGCAGUGUUGCUGGGCGCUGUGAAUGCCGAGUGCCUGUGCCAGCAACCAGACUCGACCACACUCUCCUUAUGCAUUUCCAAGUCAAAUCUGGUGGAGUAACUUUUCAGUCACCUCUAAUGUCAGUUCAGCCCAUAAAUGUCGUGAAGCCUGAUCCACCGUUAGGUUUGCAUAUGGAAAUUACAGACAGUGGUCAUUUAAAGAUUUCUUGGUCCAGCCCAACACUUUUACCGUUUCAACUUCAAUAUCAAGUGAAAUAUUCAGAGAAUUCUACGAUAAAUAUGAGAGAAGCUGAUGAGAUUGUCUCAGCGACAUCUCUGCUGGUGGGCAGCGUGCUUCCUGGGUCUUCAUAUGAGGUUCAGGUGAGGGGCAAGAGACUGGAUGGGCCAGGAGUCUGGAGUGACUGGAGCACCCCUCUUGUCUUCACCACUCAAGAUGUCAUAUACUUCCCACCUAAAAUUCUGACAAGUGUUGGGUCUAACGCUUCUUUUCACUGCAUCUAUAAAAAUGAAAACGAGAUUGUUUCCUCGAAAAAGAUUGUUUGGUGGAUGAAUUUAGCUGAGAAAAUUCCUCAAAGCCAGUAUAGUGUUGUGGGUGACCGUGUUAGCCAAGUUACUUUUCCCAAUUUGAAUGCCACCAAACCUCGAGGAAAGUUCACCUACGACGCUGUGUACUGCUGCAACGAGCACGAAUGCCACCACCGCUAUGCUGAAUUGUAUGUGAUUGAUGUCAAUAUCAAUAUAUCAUGUGAAACUGACGGGUACUUAACUAAAAUGACUUGCAGAUGGUCAACCAAUGCAAUCCCAUCGCUCACGGGAAGUACUUUGCAGUUGAGGUAUCAUAGGAGCAGCCUUUACUGUUCUGAUGUUCCAUCUGUUCAUCCCGUAUCUGAACCUAAAGAUUGCCAUUUGCAGAGGAAUGGUUUUCAUGAAUGCGUGUUUCAGCCAAUCUUUCUGUUAUCCGGCUACACGAUGUGGAUCCGAAUCAAUCACGCUUUGGGUUCACUGGACUCUGCCCCAGUGUGUGUCGUCCCUGAUUCUGUGGUGAAACCACUGCCUCCAUCUAGUGUGAAAGCAGAAAUUACUGUAAAAAUUGGGUUAUUGAAAAUUUCUUGGGAAAAGCCAGUCUUUCCAGAGAAUAAUCUUCAGUUCCAGAUUCGCUAUGGUUUAAGUGGAAAAGAAGUCCAAUGGAAGACGUAUGAGGUAUAUGAUGCAAGAUCAAAAUCCGCCAGUCUCCUGGUGCCAGACCUGUGUGCAGUCUAUGCUGUGCAGGUGCGCUGCAAGAGGCAGGAUGGACUGGGCUAUUGGAGUAACUGGAGCGCUCCAGCCUACACGGUUGUCGUGGAUAUAAAAGUUCCUAUCAGAGGACCUGAAUUUUGGAGAAUAAUUAAUGAAGAUACCACUAAAAAAGAGAAAAAUGUCACCUUACUUUGGAAGCCCCUGAUGAAAAAUGACUCCUUGUGCAGUGUGAGAAGAUAUGUGGUAAGACAUCAUACUUCCCGGAAUGGAACGUGGUCAGAAGAUGUGGGAAAUCACACUAAAUUCACUUUCCCAUGGACAGAGCAAGCGCACUCGGUUACAGUUCUGGCCGUCAAUUCAAUUGGUGCUUCUCUUACAAAUUUUAAUUUAACAUUCUCAUGGCCUAUGAGCAAAGUCAAUGCCGUGGAGUCACUCCGCGCUUAUCCGUUAAACAGCAGCUGUGUGAUUCUUUCCUGGACGCUAGCAGCCGGUGAUUACAACCUGGUGUCUUUCAUUAUUGAGUGGAAAAUUCUCACUGAAGAUGGCGACAUCAAAUGGCUUAGAGUCCCUUCAUCUGUCAAGAAGUAUUAUAUCCAUGAUCAUUUUAUCCCCAUUGAGAAGUAUCAGAUUGGUCUUUACCCAAUAUUUAUGGAAGGAGUGGGCAAACCGAAGAUAAUCAACAGUUUUACCCAAGAUGAUAUUGAAAAACACCAGAAUGAUGCAGGUCUAUAUGUAAUUGUGCCAAUAAUUAUUUCCUCUUCCAUCUUAUUGCUUGGAACAUUGUUAAUAUCACAUCAAAGAAUGAAAAAGCUGUUUUGGGAAGAUGUUCCAAACCCCAAGAAUUGUUCCUGGGCACAAGGACUUAAUUUUCAGAAGAGAGUGGACAUUCUUUGAAGUCUAAUCAUGAUCACUACAGAUGAACCCAAUCUACCAACUUACCAACAUUCUAGAGAGUAUUGGAAGAUUUUUACAUUUUGAAGAAGGGGAGAAAAUAUAAACAAAUUUUGGUUGAACUACUGAGAACUAAAAUAUGGUGGAUUGUGUUGAUUUGGAACUUAAAAUAGAUGGGUAAACUUGGGGUCAAGAUAUAGGUCUGAGUCUAAUUCAGUGUGGAUGUAUGAUUACUUUUCAGGCCACCUAAAGUUUAAAAAGUUAUAUCCAUGAGAUCUGGCUUUUGAGUUAUCAUUCGUCAGGUCAUAAAACAUUAAAAAAUUAUGACUGUUGCUGUUACCACAUAUCUGUUAGGUAUCAUCAAAUAUACAGUAAUGCUAAAGCUAGGUGAAACUGCCACUUCUCCCACAUAGCUUUGCAAAUACAAUGAUUCUAGUUACAGAGUGAAGUGAAAGUAUUCAGUUUAUAUUUUUGUAUCCAAAUUUUUCCAUUUUCCUUUCUUUUGUAGACAUUUCAGUCUAUAAACCGGCCCAUUUUGGCAUUCUUUUUAAUGUCUUGUAGCUUUUAUGUAUAUCUAACUUGGGUCAAUCUGGAAAUUUCAGUUUUUGAAAGCCAUGAAAAUGGCUUAAGUGCUAACUUCCAUUUCAGUUCAAAGAAAGGCAGAAGUUACGAUUUGUGCUGGUCACGGGCCAGUGGCAGUUACAGUUCCUAUCAGGAUGACCUGACAUACCCAGGUCAGAUUGCCCAGCUCAGAAAAGCACAUCAGCCUCCAGUUCAGCCCCUUGUAAAACUCUUGCCUAAACUGAUUUGCACUGAAACACCCAAGGCUUCUGGCGGGCAGGGAAGUGGGCAGUGAGGCAAAAAGGGGGACUCUCUGGAACUUUCACAGAUUGCUCAUGGUGGAGACGGGACUGUUUUUCCUGAAAAAAUACCACCUGCUAUUUCUAUGCCUUUCGCAUACUGAGUGUGCUAGGUUGCUCACCUUCAAACUAAACCAAAGCAUCUGUUUGAUGAACCCAAAUAAUAUUCAAAUUUAGGCUGUAUAGGGAUCACUCAUAUUUAGAUGUCAUUCGUUGUUUUGUUUGAAUGUAAAAAAAAUAACACUAAGAAUUAGGAAGAGUAUGUCCUUUUCUGCCUCAGUUGACUAUUAACAGAUGUCAUUGGCAUGUAAAAUCUAAGUGUGAAAUUAUGAAAGGAUAUUCUUUAAUUCCUACCAGCUGAAUACAUAUUUAAUAUGUGCUCAGGCUGUUCUAAAAUGUUGAAAAAUUAGAUGCAUUUGGUGAUUGAAAAGAUUUUUUAAUGAAUAUAAUUUUAAUAAAGGUUUGUGACCCACUGAUCAACUAUAUUUCAGUGACAUAUGGGAAUGUGAUUUCCUAUUAAUUAUUAGUGAAAUCUUCCAUCUGAAUGCAUUUGAAGACAUGUAAAAUAUUUGGUAACAAUAAUUAGUUCCAAUUAUGAAGUUUUAGAGAUUGUGAAAUAUGUCAAACACAUCAUUAGAAGAACAUGUGUGAGCCUAAUUGCAUGCUAUGAGCUGUGUGUGAAUGUUUUGUUUUCAGAUUGAUAGCACAUAAUUCCUUUAUUUGGUGAUCUUCAUUUAUAAGUUCAUUUAAAUUUUAAGAAAUUCAGUAUAUAUAUAGUAGUGACUCUAAGAAAAAAACAAAAUGAGGAACCACAUCAUAAACCUAAUUAUCCAUAUCUAUCAGAAAGAAAAUAGGCACAGAAACAGUUUUCUCCUCAUGUAUGAUGUUCAUAGAGUAGCAGAAAUGGUUAUGUGAAGACGAUAUUUGUCACUGUGCAGUAUUUUAAUGUCUGUAUAAGUCCAUUCCAUUAUUACUGUAUUUAGUGUUUGGUAUAUUUAUUCUUUUAUGGUUAUAAUCACCAGUAUAUUUCACUUAAGAGCUCAAAGCUAUGCUAAAUGAAGUAUGUUUUUAUAUGGAAUAUAUUUGCCAUUAUGAAGAAUUGUUGGGUAUAUCGUUAUUUCAGGCAAUAAGCCUGAAUUCAUUCUUUUAGUUUAAAAUUUAUAAAGCUCAAAAGUUCCAUUAUAUGUAUGAUGUACAAAAUUGCACAUGUUGUCUGCAGCACUUCAUUUAGUUAUGUUAAUUUUUGAAUGUGAUGUAUCCAUAGUAUUCUUUAUUUUGCAUUUAUUUUUCAAUAUGUUUACAUUGUAAGAGUUGAGCCUUUUGCACACGGAUUCUUGAUGUGUGGCUGCUUGGCAGGAUUUUUUGUUGUGAUGUAACCACCAUUCUUAUAAAAAAUAUGAUGUGCA